ACUGUAUUAUGUGCAUAACUCGAUUUUUUGAUUGGUCAAUUGAAAGGCGACGAAUUGGUUUCAGAUUCAGUCGUGGCUUCUCUCGAUCUUCUCUAGCUUUGUCAUGGAUCAGUUACACCAGCAAGGUGAGCGGUCUCAGGUAACUUCUCCUCAUGACGAUAUUAAUAUCCAUGGUGAUUUUGAUAACGAGGCUACGGAUGAAUCGAGAUCCGAAUCUUGUUCUGUUGUGAUAGAGGGAAAUUGCGACAUGAUUAUCGAAUUAGGGUUGGAAUCUGGAGGAAGUGUUGUUGUUGAGAAUUCAGGUGAUAGUGAUAUUGAUGUUAGUAAUGAUUUUGAUGAACCUGAUGACGACGAUUUCUUUGUGGGGAGGACUGAUUUUGGGCUCGAGUUUCGCGAUAUCGCAUCGAUGGGGACUGAUAUUCGGUUGAUUACAGUGGAAUCGGGUUCUGAUGAUGAUGAUGGUAUUGAGAAUGAGACGGAAUUAUGGGGGAUUGAUCUUAAUGAAGAAGAUGUAUAUGUGAAUGAUGAUGAUGAAUAUGAAGACGAUGAUGAUGAUGAUGAUGAUGAUGUUAGUGUGACUAUCCCUCUUUGUUGGGAUUCACUCCAAUUAGAAGAUCGUGGAGUCACUGCUGAUGAAUUUGAUUGGGAAGAAGUUGAUGGUGGUGGUGGCGUGGGGGAUGAGAGAGAGAUACGAAGUGGCUUUGCACAAGUUGAUUUCAAUGACGAAAGUUCUGUUUCGAUUUCUGUCUCGCCAAUUAUCUCCUUAGAGGAUUUAGUGACAAGGGAAAGAACAGAGGGCUCGGGAAAUCUCGGGUGGGAAGUUUUGCUGAAUCAUACUCUAGAGAUCAACUUUGAUGUGGAAAACAGAGAGCUGUAUAUUGGUGGUGAUCAUGACGAUUAUAUUCAAGAGUAUGAGAUGUUGUUUGAACAGUUUGCCGAUGCUGAGAUUUCCGUUGUCGGUUUACCUCCUACUUCCAAAUCUUUCCUCAAGAGUCUCCCAAUGGUUCAAAUUGAAGGUGAGAACGAUGAUGAUGAUGGUGUGGUUUGUGCAGUUUGUAAAGAUGAGAUGAAUAUCGGGAACGAAGCUGUUCAAUUGCCUUGUAAUCAUAAGUACCAUAGUGAAUGCAUUGUACCGUGGCUCAAAGUAAGGAACACAUGUCCUGUUUGUCGCUAUGAAUUGCCUACUGAUGAUGCAGAGUAUGAGCAAAGGAAGAUCCAGAGAACAACAAAUACUUUUGGCAUGGUUCUGUAAAUGGUAAACAUCAUCCUCGAUAUGUUAGAUUUUUGUCUUGAGUAGUAAAUAAUGUAGAUAUUCUGUGUUUGGAUUGUGUCAAGCGUUUUCUUAGUUGGUUUUGUUUUCGUAUUUUGCCUCGAUUGUGUGACCCAUGUGAUGGUCUAAGCUUAGGAGGCUAGCUUUACAGAGAAGAACUCAAGAAAAUAUUCAUGUACUU